UUGUCGUACUAUUUCAUCUCGAACGCAGCAGGCGCUCUUCGGACAUUUUCCCGCAAAUUCUCUAAAAAGUGUAGCCUCUAUCCUAACGAUGAGAAUUCCACUGGGACGUAAACAAGCCGAACAGGCCGCACAAUGGGCUUCGUCUGCAGCCGGCUUCGGAGCAGCUGCCGCCCUAGUCGGUUGCUAUCUGACCGACUGGAGGGUGAUCGUGUCCUACAUCCCAUUCUACGGAGGAAAAUUCGACAAGAAGGACUAGGUCGGUCGGAUGCACCCGAUCGAUUAGCUUUAAAUUGGUUAUAGCAAAAUUCACCAUCCGCUUCCGUGGACAUGGACUAAUCCGGAGAGGCUGUAACGUGUGCGAGUGUCAGUGUGACCAACCACCCUUUCCUGUACACCACCAACAAAUUCGAAGUUCAAUAAGAGUUCACUAAGGAACGAAUACCAAAAUCGGAUCAUAG